AUUAUGUAUAUGUUUAGGAGCAAUACACAGUCAAGUGGAACCUUUAACUGACUCGUGGGCUCGACUGAAGCACAGCAGAGAUUGGUUGUACACUUCCUCCUACUCAUUUAUUGAGUCCGAUUUUGAUCUCUCAAGAUCUCUUGGAGUUCAUACUUUGAUUGAAAAUGUUGUCAGCUUUGUAAGUGGAGAUGUAGGAAACUCUCCAGGAUUUAAGGAACCAGAGGAAAGUAUGUCCACCAGUCCGCAGGCAUCAAUAAUUGCAAUGGAGCAGCAGCAGUUGAGGGCUGAGCUUCGUCUGGAAGCUCUUCAUCAAAUCUUAGUGCUUCUGUCAGGGAUGGAGGAAAAAGGCAGUGUGGCAUUAAUGGGAAGUCAUCAGGGGCCAGGAUUUCAGUCAUCUUCGUUGCUAACUUCUGUUAGAUUACAGUUUCUUGCUGGAUGCUUUGGUUUGGGCACAGUAGGACAUGCAGGUGCCAAAGGAGAGAGUGUAAGACUGCAUCACUACCAGGAUGGUAUCAGAGCAGCUAAGAGAAGUAUUCAGAUUGAAAUUCAGGUGGCUGUGCACAAAAUUUACCAGCAGUUGUCUGCUACCUUGGAAAGAGCUCUGCAAGCUAAUAAGCAUCACAUAGAAGCACAGCAGCGUCUUCUGUUGGUAACAGUCUUUGCUCUAAGCGUGCACUAUCAGCCCAUUGAUGUCUCCUUGGCUAUUUCUACUGGUUUGCUAAAUGUACUAUCACAGCUGUGUGGCACAGACACCAUGUUAGGACAACCAUUACAGUUGCUGCCCAAAACUGGUAUUUCUCAGCUCAGCACAGCUUUGAAAGUAGCCAGUACAAGACUACUUCAGAUCCUUGCUAUCACCACAGGAACCUAUGCUGACAAAUUGAGCCCAAAGGUGGUCCAGUCAUUGCUGGAUUUAUUAUGCAGUCAGCUAAAAAACUUGUUAUCACAAGCUGGGGUGAUGCUUAUGGCUUCAUUUGGAGAAGAGGAAGUUGAGGAGCAUGAAGCAGAUUCAAAAAAGGCAGAUUCAAAUGGGGAGAAUGAAAAGAGAGACUUCAGAGCUGCCCUCCGUAAGCAACACGCAGCAGAGCUGCACUUGGGAGACUUCCUUGUUUUCUUGCGUAGAGUCGUCUCUUCAAAAGCAAUUCAGUCAAAAAUGGCAUCUCCAAAGUGGACGGAAGUACUUCUUAACAUUGCUUCUCAGAAGUGUUGCUCAGGAGUUCCCUUGGUUGGAAAUUUGAGGACUAGACUUCUUGCACUUCAUGUACUAGAAGCUGUAUUACCUGCUUGUGAAUCUGGCGUUGAAGAUGAUCAAAUGGCUCAGGUUGUUGAACGAUUAUUCUCGCUUCUGUCUGACUGCAUGUGGGAGACUCCUAUAGCUCAAGCUAAGCAUGCAAUUCAAAUAAAGGAGAAAGAACAAGAAAUGAAGCUGCAGAAGCAAGGAGAGUCUGAAGAUGAAGAUGAAAAUCUUCCCAUACAGGAAGUGUCCUUUGACCCUGAGAAAGCGCAGUGCUGCAUAGUGGAGAACGGGCAGAUUCUGACUCAUGGAAGUGGAGGUAAAGGAUAUGGAUUGGCAUCAACUGGAGUCACUUCAGGAUGUUACCAGUGGAAGUUCUACAUUGUAAAGGAGAAUCGAGGCAAUGAAGGCACAUGUGUUGGUGUUUCUCGCUGGCCAGUACACGAUUUUAACCAUCGCACUACCUCAGAUAUGUGGCUGUAUAGAGCCUACAGUGGUAACCUUUAUCACAAUGGAGAGCAAACUUUGACUCUGUCCAGCUUUACUCAAGGAGAUUUCAUCACAUGUGUAUUAGAUAUGGAAGCAAGAACUAUUUCCUUUGGUAAAAAUGGAGAGGAGCCCAAACUAGCUUUUGAAGAUGUGGAUGCCGCAGAAUUAUAUCCUUGUGUUAUGUUCUAUAGCAGUAAUCCAGGAGAAAAGGUGAAAAUCUGUGAUAUGCAGAUGCGUGGUACACCGAGAGAUUUGCUACCUGGUGACCCCAUCUGUAGUCCUGUUGCUGCAGUGCUGGCAGAAGCCACCAUCCAACUCAUUCGUAUCCUUCAUCGCACAGACCGUUGGACACACUGCAUCAAUAAAAAAAUGAUGGAAAGGCUGAAUAAAAUCAAAACGUGUCUUAAAGAAGCAGGUCAAAAGCUGAAGAAAAGUCGCUCAAUUCAAAGUCGAGAAGAGAAUGAGAUGAGAGAGGAGAAAGAAAAUAAGGAGGAGGAGAAGGGCAAGCAUAAUAGACAUGGUCUGGCAGACCUUUCAGAAUUGCAGCUGAAGAUGCUGUGUGUGGAAGUGUGGCCUGUUUUAGCAGUAAUUGGUGGAGUUGAUGCUGGACUUAGAGUUGGAGGUCGAUGUGUACACAAGCAAACUGGACGUCAUGCCACGUUACUUGGAGUAGUGAAGGAAGGCAGUACAUCUGCUAAGGUCCAGUGGGAUGAAGCAGAGAUUACUAUCAGCUUCCCAACUUUUUGGUCGCCUAGUGAUACUCCACUGUAUAAUCUGGAGCCCUGUGAGCCACUGCCUUUUGACGUUGCAAGAUUUCGUGGACUGACAGCUACUGUGUUGCUGGACCUUACCUAUCUGACUGGCAUCCAUGAAGAUAUGGGAAAACAAAGCGCCAAGAGACACGAGAAAAAACACAGACAUGAAUCUGAAGAUAAAGGUGAAAUGGAGCAGAAAAUGGAGGGCGAUGCUGGAGCAGAUACACGAUCAGCACUAAGUGCCGAUGAUAACAAAGGACAUAGCACUGCAAGCUCUAAAUCAGAAAAUGAAAUCGCUUCCUUUUCCCUAGAACCAUCAACAUUAGGGAUGGAAUCCCAACACCAGCCUGCUGAAGGAAGAAAAAAGAAUCAUGAACAUUCUCCAAGAAGUCAUGAUAUAGUUCAGUCGGAAAUCAGAGCCGUACAGCUGUCUUAUCUUUAUCUUGGUGCUAUGAAGUCACUUAGUGUUCUUCUUAGUUGCAGUAAAUAUGCUGAGCUACUGUUAAUACCAAAAGUCCUGGCAGAAAAUGGUCACAACUCAGACUGUGCUAGUUCUCCCGUUGUUCACGAAGAUGUGGAGAUGCGUGCUGCCCUGCAGUUCCUGAUGCGACACAUGGUGAAGCGAGCAGUCAUGCGCUCACCUAUUAAAAGAGCCUUAGGACUGGCAGAUUUGGAGCGAGCACAAGCCAUGAUCUACAAGUUAGUGGUUCAUGGAUUGCUGGAGGAUCAGUUUGGUGGCAGACUUAAACAAGGUACAUUUUCAAAAUUAUUCAAGUAUAGUGCUAAACUAUUGAGUAUUUGUAUUUAAAUGGUUAGAAACAAUAAUGAUACAAAUGACUUAAUAUUGUAAUUUUGUAGUGGCUAUACUUUGGAGAAAUUUUACAGAGGCUUUUUAAUUGCUUUUUGGAUACAGCACUGAUUGGGUUUUUUUGCGUUUUUUCAGUUCCUUAUUUUAAUAAAAAGUAAAUACAAAUCAGUAAAUCAGAACUGUAGCCUCUUCCUAAUUUUUCUUUAUGCUUUUGAAAAAUGAGCAGUUCUGUAUAUACUUGUUGGAAGAAUUAGUUUAUCACACAAGGAUUGCAAAGUUCACUGUUGUAAAAAAA